CUCCCCUCCCCUCAGUCCGCCCCCCCGCCAUUCCCCCCUCCCCCCCCACCCUCUCGCGAGAGCCGCGGCCGGGCGCGGAGCAGCGACAAGAUGGCGGUGGAGUCGCGCGUCACGCAGGAGGAGAUCAAGAAGGAGCCGGAGAAGCCGAUCGACCGCGAGAAGACGUGCCCGCUGCUGCUCCGCGUCUUCACCACCAACAACGGGCGGCACCACCGCAUGGACGAGUUCUCCCGCGGCAACGUGCCUUCCAGCGAGCUGCAGAUCUACACCUGGAUGGAUGCAACCCUGAAGGAGCUGACCAGUUUAGUGAAAGAGGUCUACCCAGAGGCACGGAAGAAGGGCACGCACUUCAAUUUUGCGAUUGUUUUUACAGAUCUCAAGCGGCCUGGAUAUAGGGUGAAGGAGAUCGGCAGCACCAUGUCGGGCAGGAAGGGCACAGAUGAUUCCAUGACGUUGCAGUCUCAGAAAUUCCAGAUCGGAGACUACUUGGACAUAGCAAUUACCCCUCCCAACCGCGCGCCACCUCCGUCAAGCCGCAUGAGACCAUACUAAGCUGUUGCUUCUUUGUAUGAUUUCCUUUUGUGCUUAUUCCUACUUGCUGUUCUAAAGCAGGCCUUUUUUUUAUUGCUUUUGUUGCUAAGCGAGAGCAUUUGAAGGCAAAGCUAAGCGUCAGAAGUAAAAGUUAAAUUUUAAACCUUAACUUUUAGUUUGCGUAGAAGUAACGCUUAUUCUUUAGAGGUGCCAUCACUCUUUCCCUGACUGUUAGUUUGCAAAAUAAGUUGGUGUGUCCAGAGUUUCAAGAUCUCCAUAAAAUGCGACCAGGAAGAUUGCAGGUGUUCUGUAGUUCUGUCUUGUAUGGAAUAAAGAUUGGUGUUGUUAAUCUUUUGAA